UCGCAAUCUGUCCAUCUGCAGAGUUCAGGCACAGCCUCAGCAUCUUCAACCCGCAAUCUCACUGCCGCCAUGGCAAACCGAGGCUACGAUGUCGUCGUUGACGUAGACCAAGAAGGCGACCUUGGCCAUACCGACCUCCAAGAAGACCUCGAGUUCCACAGCUCAAAUUUCGAUAAUCCCUCCAACGCGCGCCAAAAAAUUCAGCCUGACAGCAACUCUGGCUUCCUCCCUGCGCCCGCCACCUCCACCCGAAAACACUACCUCUGGUCCCUCGCCUUCUAUGCCCAAGCCUUCGAUGUCGACACCGCCGAAGUCCUCCGCCGCUGCACCGCCGCCAUCUACCCGCGCCAAAACUUCCUCGAUGUCCUAGAAGGAAACCCGGAUCUCUAUGGACCUGUUUGGAUCGCUACCACAGUGGUAGUGAUACUGUUCCUUACAGGCACGAUUAGUCAGUAUCUCGCGCACAACGGGAAAGAACACUUUGCGUAUGAUUUUAGACUGUUGAGUGGAGGCGCGGGAUUAGUGUAUGGGUAUACGGCGAUUGUGCCGUUAGGGUUGUGGGGGGUGUUAAAGUGGUUUGGGAGUGAGACGGCGAAUUUGUUGGAAUGUGUGGCGUUGUAUGGGUAUGCGAACUUGAUAUGGAUUCCUGUUGCGUUGAUCUCGUGGAGUCCGGUUUCUGUUCUCAACUUCAUCUUUGUGGCCCUCGGCUUUGCUGCCUCGGCCUUCUUCCUCCUGCGAAAUUUGUAUCCGAUUCUCUCGGCGACCGACGUCAAAACGUCAAAAGUGUUACUUAUUGUUGUUGUAGCGCUGCAUGCUGGUCUCGCUAUCGCCAUCAAAAUUUUGUUUUUUGCCCCGAUGGUGGGUGGGGAUGACAAGCCUAAAGGCGGAGAUGGAGGGGAUGGUGGUGAUAAGGGAGAGAGGAUAGUUAGGAUGUUGUUUGGGCCGUGAGGGCAGAUUCGAAGGGGUUGAGGGAAGAGAGAUAAAUAGAGGGGAAUUUGUAUGAGUAAAUGGGAUGGGAUGGAAGUAUUCUGUUAAAUAGAGAUGUAUGGGUACCUAUACUGGAGUUGGGGAUUCCUACGGUUUUCACUAGCUUCUUG